UAUAAUAAAUAUAUUAAAUGUUGACAAAAAGUGCAAAAGGUGACCAAUUGCAUUAAACUAUUACUACAGUAUCAUUAUCAUAAUAAAUCCUAGAUUAAUUAUAAAUCGAUAAUCACAUCAGAGAAAAGAUCAGGUGAGAUUCCAUAAUACAUGAACAGUAAAUGCAAAAUAAAACUGCGCAAGGAAAAACUCUACUUGCCUUAUCUACACACACGAGAACCUUCUCUCCCAACUCUGAAAUCACCUGCGAAUAAACAGCAACAACUAAACAGCAUGAGUUGGAUAUCAUUAAUUUAAGUCUAAAAUAAGCCACGAGAUAGGUCGAUUUCAAUUGCCAAUGAGACUUAUUUCCAAAGAACUAGAUAAGUGAGUUUCUUAGAGAAUCUACUAAAACAACUAAAUAAAAAUAAAAGAUAAUCUUGA